CAACGCCUUUCAGCAGCGGUGCAUCACGGAGGUUUGGAAGCUGGUGGAGAAUAUUCGGGCAGCGGCAGACCCUAUUACACUAAAUUGUACUCGGGGUUGGGUUGGCCGGACAAGAUUUUUAAACCUAAUACAGUUGUACCUGCUCUCACAUUUCAGCCUGGACCUGACAUCCCCUCUAAUGUCGGAUUUCAAGCUUGGGAUUGUUCGACUUGGCCGUGUGGCCGGGAAGACAAAGUAUACUUUGAUUGACGAGCAAGACAUACCAUUAGUGGAAAACUAUGCCUUUGAGGCACGCAUGGAAGUUGAUGCUGAUGGGAAUGGGGCAAAAAUCUUUGCAUAUGCCUUUGACAUUGGCAAGGGCAGAUGGGCAGGUCGACCACUGCAUGAGUUACUCUGGGAAAAGCACAGAGGUGGCAUUGCUCCAAGUUUCCAAGUAGUUCACAUAAACUCAGUCACAGUGGACAACCGUCUAGACAACUUGCGUCUCGUUCCAGUGGGAUGGAGUCCCAAACCAGAAGACCUGUCCAGCAAACAGAGAGAGCAGUCGCUAUACUGGCUGGCCAUCCAGCAGGUUCCUGCAGACCCAGUGGAGGAGCAGUAUCUGGAGUUGAGUCGCACGCGUUACUACAAUGCCAAUGGAGAACUGGUGGAAGAGGAGGAGUGCUCCUGCACCUACUACGAGUGUCACUACCCACCCUGCUCGCUCAUUGAGAGGAGGCUGAGAGAGUUCAACAUCUGCGGCCGAUGCCAGGUGGCACGCUACUGUGGAUCGCAGUGUCAACAGAGAGAUUGGCCAGCCCAUAAGAAGCAGUGCCGCGAACGCAAACGGGUUCUGGCAAUGGAGUCAGAGCCUGAGCGAUGAUCCCCCCCCCCAAAACCCCACAUUCAAGUAUGUGUGCUGAGACUUUUGAGUUUGCAAAAACUGACUGAUAGCGGACAAUAUUGUUGGCUUGGAAAGGCCUCUUGGGGGGAAAAAUAAAAACUACCCAGAACUUUCACAUCUCCACAGCUUGCCUAUGGGGAUUAUGGGAAAUUAAGUUUUUUAUUGUUUGGAGGGAGGUCUCAAAGGCUCCACUUGCUGCUAUGGAUGCGUGUUUAAUGAAGACAAACACCAUGCCGUCAUAACUUUUUUUUUUUUUUGUGGACUGCAUUUGAGUAUUGACAGUCAUGCACUCCUUCCAUAAACCCUCCUGUCAUGAAGUAUUAGCUGCUGGUAUCAAAGGACAGAACUGCUGUACAAUUGAUAAUAGGAUGGAAAACAGACCUCUUCACUGUACUACCCUUCCUCCUCUUCCUCUCCCGAUUGGACUUGUGCACAUAAAUAAGCACAUAGUCACCCACAUGCCAUACCUUCUACAAGUAUACAGCCAAUAGCUGUGCAAAACCACACCACCAGUAUUGUGUGUGCAUGCCAUUAUUGACUGAAGAACGUGGUUGAAUGUUUGUCUGUUGUUUUUUAUUUUAAUAUUUACUUUAUUUGUCAAUGGGAUGUUUUUGGGGGCGGUAUUGGGGAAUAUGCCUAAUUGGGGGCAGUUUCACUUUUUUGUGUACCCAUAUUGAGUUUUUCAAAAGCAUACUAUGUACUCUUCCCACUCAUGUUUAAUUUCACUUUCCAUAACAAGCACUCAUUUUAGAGGGAUGUCCUGGGAAAAACUUGAAAACCCACAUGGAAUUUCUAUUCAUGUUGUCAGCAUGUACUUGUCUAAAGUUGUCAUUUGGGUCCCAGUAAUUUAAUGAGUAGUCUUUUGUCUUAAUGAUCUUACUGUCAAAGUGAGUAUAAUUUUUUUUUUUUUUUUUUUUUUUAUCUCAUCUUAAAAGAAAAAUGGGCACUCAAGUUGCAAGUGUGUCUUCCUUUUAUGUCAAGGGCAUCUCUACCAAACUGUGACGUACACAUACAACUAAGCAUGUAUUGCAAAUACAUACAUGUUACUUUUGUCUGUGUUCGUAUUCCGAAUAAUUUAUUUAUCUGGUUGGGGUAGAACACUGUGCACUGAAUAUCUUCACUUUGAUCCUUGAGCUUUGCAGAGAAGUGGGAAUCUAAGGUAGUUUUGGGUGUCUGUUAUUUUUAUUUUUUUCUAAGCUAUUACCAUAUAAAUAUGUGAAUGGACAAAGUUUGUGAUAAUUGACCAUCUUAUUGUCACUGUAAAAUAGACAAAUAAAGUAAUUAAAUAAAAUUGGA